GGUACUUUUUCUACUCUGCAUGCUCGACUAUUGAAAAGAAUUAGCCAAUCAACAGAAAGUAUUGUUGAAAAUAAUGAAAAAACCGUUCUUUAAGAUUGAAAACGAAUUUUUGUUUAUACUUUAAUUCCAAAUUACAAAAUCAUGGAGAAUAUAUCACCAGUUAAUAGUUCAGUGCCAGAAAAGUGGGCUAGACUCAUUUCUUGUCUUCCAACAAUGGAAUCAGUUGCUAUCAACAAAGAUGUAUUCAUGAUAGGACGAUCACCAAAAUGUGACAUAGUAAUGACUGAAAGUAAUUUUGGUAGAGACAAUGUUAUUAGUAGUAUAAGUAAAGAACAUUUGAUAAUUUCAAAGAAAGGUACAUUGGCCUAUUUACAAGAUAUAAGUAAAAAUGGUACAUUCAUCAAUGGAAUAAGAAUUGAGAAACGGAAACUUGUAUGUUUAAAAGAUGGAGAUAAAAUUUCUUUGGGCCAAAAACCAACAAAUAUAUAUACUUUCCAAUAUUUAAUAGUAGAAGACCUACCAGAUACAUUAACACCAAUAUCUACAUUAGAAAGCACACCAGUGUAUAAUGAAGUCCUACCAGUAUGGGGUCGUCUACUUUCUUGUUUGUUAUAUUUAGGUUCUUAUGAUAUUCAUAAAGACAUAUUUAAAGUUGGUAGAUCUCAACAUUGUGACGUAUGUAUAAACCAAACGGAUCUGUGUAAACAAUAUAAAGACUUAUUUAGCAAAGAACAUUUUGUCAUUUGUAGAGAUCCAGAUAAUAAAAUUGUUUAUAUAAAAGACAUUAGUAGGAGUGGUACUUAUUUAAAUGGUCGUUUGAUUGGCAAAAACAAAAUGAACAUCUUACAGCAUGACGACAAAAUAUCCGUAGGAGGGAAAUUAGAAAUUUUUAUUUAUAAAUGCAUGUAUGAUCGUGAUACCAACUUUUUACCACCUGAGCUAAAAGAAUUUUAUGAACCCUCAAAUGUAUUGGGAAAAGGUGGAGCUGGAGAAGUAAGAUUGGCUUAUGAAAAAAUUACUUGUAAAAUGGUUGCCAUAAAGAAAAUUACAAAAGCUCGAAGUACUCCGUCACAGAUAUGCCAAUUGAAUCACCCAAGCAAAAUUCGCACUGAAAUCAGUAUUCUUAGAGCAUUGGACUAUCCUUUUAUCAUUAGUAUGAAAAAUAUUGUGGAGACUCCAGUGGACGUAUUUAUAGUAUUAGAUUAUAUGAAGGGGGGAGAACUGACGAAUAGGAUUUUAUCAAAUACACCCAUGACAGAAUCUAAUAUAAGGUUUCUAUUUUAUCAAAUGGUUUUAGCGGUAGAUUAUCUUCAUGCCAAGGGUAUCACUCAUAGAGAUCUGAAACCAGAAAAUGUUCUACUUUAUUCAGAAGAUGUAGAAACAUUAGUGAAAGUGUCCGAUUUUGGUUUGAGUAAAGUUACUGAUGAUAACGCGAUGAUGAGGACAGUAUGUGGAACAUUAAGUUAUAUAGCUCCAGAAAUAUUAGACAGACGUAUACGGCAAUAUAACAGACAAGUUGACGUAUGGAGUUUGGGAGUCAUACUGUUUUAUAUGAUUGGAAAAAGGUUACCGUUUAAAUCACCUGAUCGAUGUUUAAUGGAAAAAUGUAUCAUUACUGGAUCUUACAAGAUGGAAGGUGAUGAUUGGAACCAAAUCGGACCAAGUGCCAAAGACCUUGUUGGAAAAAUGCUUACUGUUAAACCAGAAAAACGAAUCACUGUUAGUGAUAUAUUGAAACAUCCAUGGCUUUCAAAUGAUUUGAAGAUGCAAUUUCGAGUUAAUGAAAUAUACCAACAACAUCUGGAGUCAACUGAAAAAAUCAUCUUAGAAUAUGACUCGGAACCACAAUUAAAACGAUUCAGAUCUUCGUCUGAUGAAUCAAGUUCUUCCCAGUAAUUAAUAUGUAUUUUUUUAUACAUACAUAUUUGUUUAUAUAUUUUUUAUAAAAUGUGCAUUUUGAAAGUGGAUCAACUUUGUGCCAUUAUUUUUUUGUGAUAUUUAUUUGUUAAUUCAGACAAUUUAAUUCGUUGAAUGAAUCUAAGUUGAGCAACACUGAUUUGAUUUCUUCUUUAUUUACAAGUUGGUCCGGAAUGUAGUUGGGUAGUCCGCGCAUAUGAAAGCACUAUUGGUAUCAACUUUUAUAUUUAUAAUUAUGACGUCAUAGGCGGGUACCGUGCCAGUGACGCAUAUCGUAGGGGUUUACCGCAAGAAUUAUAUAUAUUAAUUUUAAAAAUAACGGUAUAUAUAAGGGAGAUCCAACUCUUUGAAGAGAUGGAUUGAGUAAUUCAUUCUUUCAAAUAUCUAUUUUCCAAGAAUGAUUACACAUUUUUCUGUAAAAAGCCUAAGGAUAAUUUUUAAUUUCUUUAACCUUCCGUUAGCCGCGCCCAUUUUUUAUACCAUCGGUGCUCGCAUAGCGUCUGAGAGACUAGUAUUUCAUUUUCUCAAAUAAAUAAAGGUCAUUAAAGUUUUGUCUUAAUAAGAAUAGAAAAAAUAUCAAUUUUAAAUAAAUUGUCAUAAAAAAUAGUUAUGAAGUUAAAAUAACAUACUCAAAAAACAGCGAAAUCACUAUGAAAAAUUACAUUUAUUUAGCACAAAUGUCGCAAAUUUUGUUUGCUUGUUCCAAGUAAAUGAACUUAUUACACUCUAAGCAUUUGUAUCAAGUCAUGCGAUUUUUUUUCCUUUCAAAAAUGUAGCAUCGCUUCCUUGAAUUUCCUGAAUUCUCUGGUUUAGGAUUUGUCAUUGUAGCCUUUAAGCCACUUUUACUAGUACCCACAGUAUUGUAUCUUCUCUAACCAUUUCGAUGGUCCGUUUUAGCAAAUUUUUAGGCCAGUUAUCUCCGAUGCCAUUCCGCCCAGAACCAAAAAUUGGUGCGCACAGUCUUUUCACUGUCGAGCUAGCACUAUUAUCAACUUGGUAAGGGCCUCCCACGUAUAUUUCCAAGUUAUAAGUGUAAUAAGUUCUUGCAUCCACUACAAAUAAGAUCUUCAUGCCAUACUUAGACGGCUUGGAUGGUAUAUAUUGACGAAAUGGAUAUUUACCUCGGAAUGCCGAUAACUUUUCAUCAAUUGUAAAAUAUUCGCCAACGCAAUAGUUUUUCUGACAAUUUACAAUAAAAAACUCAAAUAUUUCCCUGACAGGAACAAGUUUUUCAAUGACCCUCCUCUCGUUUCUGGUGUCUUUGUCGUCAAAAAGUACACUUUGGAAGAGAAAGUGGAAUCUUUUGCGUGACAUAGUCAUUUGAAAAAGUUCUAUACCAGAACCGUCAGUUGCCUAAAGAUUUUCAGUAUAAAGUCUGCUAUUUCUAUGAAAUCCCUAUAAAAGCCCUAUAAAAGCUUUCAUUUCCUCCAAAUUUGUAUUUUUGCUAUCUUUUUUCAACUAAAAAAUCCUCUUUUGCUUCAAAUAUACUUAUUGGUGUGUUAGACAAUAAAAUUAGCAUCUCAUCAGUGAAAACAAACUCUAACAUGUCAAAGCGGACUGUGGAAGCUGUGCCUUUAACGUCAUUUAGUUGUUCCAUCUCUUCUUUUUCAACGCCACUCGAACCUUCCUGUUCUGUGUCCGUAUUUUCUUGUUGUUCCUAUACAUAGUCUUCUUCGCCUUCACUGCUAUCGUUUGCCUCCGACCAUUCUUGAACAGAUUCCAAUGCAAAAUCUCAGCAUCUUUUUCAUAAAGAGGAUUAUACUUCUUUUUGCCAAUCUGUGAAUAUAAAUAUUAUAUAAAACUCACCUUUGUGCAAACACAAAUUUAAAUCAAUUUACAAUAAAAUAAAUAUAAUAAAAAAA